GAACAUCAGAGAAUCCUAUUUUAUCAGUUUGUCUCAUCUCUUGGUAUUGACUCGACAUUUUCAAAAUAAUGAAAAAAUAAAAGCCACGACAAUUGACGGUUUAUAUUUCGAUCUUCGCCAUGGCCUAGUAUUUAUUAAAUAAAUAAAAAUACGUCGAGGGGAAAUGGCUGGUGGAGGCAGAACAUUCGACUGAGUGUUUUUGUUGUGUUCUGUUCUCUUCUCCUGGUGCUGUCUAUUGUUCUCCUGGGGUUUUCGACCUGGGGGUCAGGAUGGGACAGAUGUGAAUUCGGGGUGAGGGGUUUCACGAGUUUUUGAGUUCGUGACAUGUCUCUGGGUCAGGAGGUGAACAUCUAGGAUUUUGACUGGGGAACUUUGAUCUGGACACUUGGAGAUCUGUCUGGGGAUCAUGGAGGCACUCAGGCUAGCUAUUCAGACUAGACUCGGGGAGAGGAUGGUCAGUAUGAGCUCGAUGCUCGUAGAAACCGUUAGCAUCAACUACGAGGACUUCAACGAGAGCUUUUUGACCUGCGGCACUUGCCUAUGCGUCUACGAUGGGAGUGAACACACACCAAAACUGCUGCCAUGCUCCCACACAGUGUGCCUGCACUGUUUAACGAGAAUCGCCGCCUCCCAGACACGUGAGGCUGGCCACUUCCGGUGUCCAAUAUGCCGUGAAUUGAUAACAAUUCCACGAGGUGGUGUACCAGCUCUGCCCCCAUCAUUUCUCGUUAAUCAGCUGCUGGAUCUGAUGUCACGACAGCGACGCGAAGUCAUACCAAAGUGUUCAGUUCAUAUUAAUCAGGAGUUAUUGUUCUGCGAGACUUGUGAUACUGUCUUCUGCACAGUCUGCACUGGUGGCAGUCACGCUGGCACAUCACCAGGAUGUACCGAGCACACAAUCAUUCCCUUCAGCAUUGCCAUCAAACGAAUGUCUGAGAUAUUACUCUAUAAAGCUAACGAAUGCAUCUCCAAGUUGACACAAGCACAAGAAUCCGUCAGCACCGAGCUGGGACGGUUGGACGCUGCAAUGGAGCGUUGUCUGGGUGUUGUUGAUGCUGAAUUUGGAGAGAUAAUAAAGAAAAUUGAAAAGAAACGCGAGGAGCUACAGGCAGGUGUGACAGCAGCUGCAAGAGAUAAAAAACGAGUGCUUGAGGAGCAGCACGCGUUGAUCGAGGCUGAGAAAAAUAAAGUGGAGCGCGAGUGCGAGGGAUUGCAGUAUCAGGUGGAGGUGAGAAAUAUCACCCAGAGGAUUGGAAGUCUGACUGAUCAGUUGGACGCAGCUGUGGCCCUCAGUGAACCCAGGGAAAAUGCUUUCAUCACUGCUGAGUUCAAUCAUAACGAUGCCAUCCAGGAACUCGAGAAAGCACUUGGAGCACUAGGUCGUGUACGUUCUAGUACGACAUUACCAGGAUUGUGCAGAGCUAGUCUGAAGGAGACGGCAAUAGCGAAAUUACAAACAACUGUGAUACUCGAGACUGUGGAUUAUCAUGGACAUCCCAGAAAUGCUGGAGGCGAUCCCAUCGGUGUUGAGCUGACCUACGCCGAUCAGUCCAACAGUAAUGAAUCCAUUGAUUCCCAGGUUAUCGAUCUGGAUAAUGGCAAUUACGAAAUCAAUUUUCGACCACCACUUGCCGCGAGGUAUUGCCUGAAGCUAUCGGUCUUUGAGAGACCUAUUAAGGAUUAUCCUGUGUUCUUUAAUGCCACUGAGCACAACGAACCUAUCAAGAUUUAUGGAAAAAUGGGCCAUGGAAGGGAUGAAUUCUAUCAAAUGGUCGCUCUCGCCGUUGAUGAUGAUGAUGUUAUCUACGUCCUCGACUCAGGAAAUUCAAGGAUUAAGGUUCUCGACAGUAAUUUAGAGUUUCAACGUCAUGUAACAAACGAGGGCUUAACCAGACAGGGUGCCACAGGAAUUGCCAUAUCCGAGCAGGGACUAGUCGUAACAAAUUGGCGCACUCGUACAAUUACGGAAAUGAGUACACACGGAGACACUAUUCGCUCAUUUACGCACAAUGCAUUUCAGACACCAUUCGACGUGGCGGUAGACCGGAGCUAUGGCCACGUCCUUGUCGCUGAUAGUGGAUCUGAGAGUGGACCCAAUAGGAAAUACUCCGUCUAUGUAUUCGAUUCAGACGGAAAAUUCCUAUUUCAAGUGGGAAAACCUAGUAUGUUCAGUGAAAUAAGUUCAGUGACGUUUGGUCUCGGUGGAGAAAUCCUAGUAGCAGAUUUGCGUAUUCAAGUAUUUUCGGCGAAAGGUGAUUUCUCCGAGGAGAUUCAAGCCGGGGAGAAAGGCAAAGGAAAAUACGGGGGAAUCGUGAUAGAUCCGGAUGGAAAAAUUCUGGCGUCUUACAGUGGAAAACGUAACAGUACAAUUCAGGUGAUUGAGUUUGGAAGUGGUAGAGUACUGACUGAAAUUGAUUCAAACAGCUCAAAAUUACGGAGACCAGCUGGUAUAUCUGUUCUCAAAGACAACCACUUGGUUGUAAUCGAUCGGGGUAAUGCGUGUGUUAAAAAAUACAGGUACUGGUAAACUGCCAUUUGUUUUUUUUAUCAGAGCAAUGAAAACUUACGAUUUAAUUUCUCUCUCGUCACAAGUCAUGUGAAUUCUUAGACCACACCGUCCUAUUAAUAAUUAAUCGUUGCAGAGUCUCAGUUUAUUUUUAUGUGAAUAAACAAAAAUGCUUGUACAUAUAUUAUUUUUUACAGUAUUAAGGUCACAGCUGAAAUGAAAAUAUCGAGAGAUUAAAUGAAAACGAGGGAUUAAUAUUGUUCAAUUGAUUCUGUUUAGAUGGAAUUGAGGCGUGAACAAAAUUCUUUUGCAUAAUUUUCACAGACUGUAAAUUGUGUAUGAAAUGAUAACUAGUCUUAGCCAUUUUUUUUUUCUUAUUUGAGAGCCAAAAAUGUCAUUUACACACGUUUUUUUAAUUUUUUUUAACACUAUCUCCUGAAUUUUUACGUAUUCUCCUGGAAUCACAUUAUUAUUCACGAGAUUUGGUAAUUUAAUUAUUCCUUACUCGGCAGAGUAUUACUUAAAGGUUUUUUUAUAAUUUUCAUUGUCUCAAGUGGAAAAUUAAAUCUAGAGUUUUUUCUUUUGUAAUUUGAUAGAAUAGAAAUAUUUUUGACACUGACAGAUUAAUCUGAAUUAUUUUAAAUAUUUGAUAAAUUACUGAUUUAUCGACAUUCCCCUUUGUAGUUGAGUGUAAUGCAUGAAUCAGUAUCUCGAAAUGAAAAAAAAAAUUAACGAUUGAUAAAACAAAUUCGAUACAUCAAAUUAUCUGACUGAUAGGAGAAUUAAAAUAAAUCUUUACUUGUUGGUAUUGUUUAAUCUAGUCACCGCUGUUUAUUCCCACUUAAUGGACUGUGUUUAUUUGUAAUAAUACCCGAUUUCAAUGCUAUGUAAUAUAAUAAAUAAUUGUCACAAUUGUAAAUAAAAAUUGAGCUUCAACUGUAGAAAUAA